UAUUGUUGCUGUCUACAAAUAUUUGGCUGCAGUAAAACAAAUGACGCCUGCAAAAUUUGGUGUCAAGAAACAGCUGAUCGUGUGUUGAACGCUGCGACGCACAGAAGCGAAUUUAUUUUUAGCGUAAUGGUGUCGUGAUGUGUUGGGAGGGAGCGUGCCAGCUAAAAUCUGAGAGUAAAAACUGUUUGUUCCAAACAAAGAUAAUUCGCAAAGGAAAUUGUUUACGGUAUUCUACAUGUUUGUUGCUCAGAACUUGACACUGCAGUUUUAGACAACUGAAAGUGUUUAGAGAAAACGAAAGUAGCAUAAUAAUGAAAGGUAGGAAAAGCGUGUUUCGAGAUGUUUUUCAUCAGCCAUACGACGAUAAAACAAGAAUAAAGUUAUACAACAGCAGCAAAGGAAGCCUCGAUUUAAUACAGAGACUUCGCUUACUGAAGAGCCUGCCUGUGCAUAAUGGCUGUGUGAAUUCAAUUUGUUGGAAUGAGACAGGGGAAUACAUCCUUUCAGGCUCAGAUGAUCAACAUCUUGUUGUAACACAUGGUUACAAUUAUAAGGUUCUUACUGAUCUGAAAACUAGUCACCGUGCCAACAUAUUCAGUGCUAAGUUCCUACCAAGCAGUGGUGACACAAGUAUCAUCUCAUGUUCUGGUGAUGGCAUAAUACUCUACACUGAUCUCACUAGGAAACAAGAGACAUUUUACAACCAAUUUAACUGCCAUUCUGGCACAACAUAUGAAGUGGUCACUGUUCCUAAUGAUCCUCAUUCAUUUCUGAGUUGUGGAGAAGAUGGCACUGUUCGGUGGUUCGAUCUACGCUUGAAGGAUCGAUGCAAUAAACCUCAAUGCAAGGAGGAUGUUCUUAUAUCAUGCCAGCGUGCAGUUACAGCAUUGUCUGUAAAUCCAGUAGCACCAUACCAGCUGGCAAUUGGUUGCUCAGAUAGCACAGUGCGAAUGUUUGAUCGCCGCACACUUGGGACUAAAGCAUCAGGUUGGACGGACACAGGAUCAUCAUUGAGGCCCCUUUGUUCAUUCACGGUACCUGGACUUGAGAAUCGAUCAUUUCGUAUUACGUCACUCUGCUUUAGUCCAGCUGGCGAAGAUGUCCUUGUCAGUUACUCAUCUGACCAUCUCUAUCUUUUUUGCGUCAAGGAGCAGGGAGGGUCCACACUAAAAUCCACCCCACCAUGUUCAGAGAAGGGGAAAAAACCUAUUCAGCGCUCUCCACCACCAGUACGGCGACUUCGUCUAAGAGGCGACUGGUCUGAUACUGGACCAGAUGCUCGACCGGAAAGAGAAGGUGGUCGCCGUGGAGCAGAAGUAGCACAGGCACGCCCAACACUCCAUGCAACUUUAAUGCAGCGGAUGACAGAUGUCCUGUCACGCAUGCUCAAUGACCCUGCAACGCGGGCUGCUCUGAGUGGUGGUGGCGAAGACUCGUUGGAGGGUGGAGCUGGAGAGCCUGCUGAACGGCGCUUCUCGGCACUCUCUCUUGAUCCAGCACAGCCUGAUUCCAGCUCUGCUGCUGGUGCCACAUCACCCACUCCGUCAGGACAAGAAGGCAGCAGCUCUGCUGCGACACCAGCAGAAACUGAAGAGCCACAGCCCAGUGACAGCACUUCAUCUGAAGAAGCUCCAGAUGCAGCUCUUCUACAGAAUAAGAUCAGCAACUUACAGGAUCAGCUAACAUGUAUGAGAGAUGGCUUCAUAGAGAGACAUGGCGUUGAACCUGCUGUUCGCCUUGUGUACUCUGACAAAAGUUCGUCAAGCGGUACAAUCUCAUUAGGUGUGGGCGAUGAACUUGCACGUGAAAGAUCGCCUACCGCAAUAGUUGAGAGCAACGGAACAGAAGAGCAGAUGGACAGUACUGUUUCAGAGGCAGAUAAAGAUAACAGAGUUUCUGAAGGAUCUACAGAACCUGAUGGAGCAGUUCCUGGUCCUAGCAGGGUGCAAGACGACAUCCCAGCAGAUGGUCAGCCACAAGCUUUUGCUGAUGGUGAAGAUGAGUACAAUGACAGUGAUGAUGAUGAUCUCUUGCUUAAUGCUAGUAGAAGGUUUGUUCAUCCUAUUGAGGAUCACAUGGAUGAGGCAGUUAAUGCAAUCAGGAAUGCAAAAGAAGAUGCAUUUGAUGAGUGCAGUAUACCACAGCCUUCUAUAAAAAAGAAAUUUACUGGACACAGAAAUGCCAGAACAAUGAUAAAAGAGGCAACUUUUUGGGGUGAAGAUUAUGUGCUUUCAGGAUCAGAUUGUGGCCAUGUUUUUAUUUGGGACCGUUUGACUGGCUCAUUGGUCAUGCUUUUGGAAGCUGAUCAUCAUGUUGUCAAUUGUCUCCAGCCACAUCCUGUUCUACCAGUGCUAGCAACCUCUGGUAUUGACUAUGAUGUGAAGCUUUGGGCUCCACUUCGUGAGGAAGCCAGUUUUGAUGCCGAACUGGCGGAAACACUAACAAAGCGGAACGAAAUCAUGCUGGAAGAGACAAAGGAUACAAUCACCGUGCCAGCUUCCUUCAUGAUCCGUAUGCUUGCCUGCCUUAAUCAGAUCCGUCGAGGUGGCCGAAAUCGUGCCCGUUCACGAAGAAAUAAUGGAGACGAUAACACCAAUUGAUAUCUCAGUGGCUUAUCUGCAGCAGUGUUUAUAGAUUUUUUUAUGUGUAAUUUGAUUCAGUUUGAACUUCCUGGCAGCUCAACUCUACAAAAUAAAACCAUUUCCAUAAUUUAUUUUUCAUUUUAUCUUAAAUUUACUGAUUGCAGAACAGCAACCAGUAGUCCAAACAUUGUUUCUUUUGCCAUCGUUGUAUGUCUUACAUUUUACUUUGGAUUUUAUCUCACAGUGAUUUCUGUUUGCAUGUAAUGAUAUUUUUUUGUUUCUGUGUAGUAGUAAAAUGUUUUUGCUACUGUUUUGUCCUUGUUUCAUUAUUCCUAAUUUGUCAGUAAGAGUUUCCAUAUUGUAUACAAUGGCAUAGCAACUAGUACGUGAAAAAUAGGAAACAUCAUAUCGAAGGGUCAAAUCUCAGAAGUGAUAACAUAAAUAUUCAGUAAUUCACUAAGCCAUUAUCUUGCAUAUUUUGUGAAUAUUUUCAGAAGCUACUUUCAGUUAUGCUUUUAUUCUUUUUGUAGUUGUUUUUUGUGUGGUAAAGAUCUAAACAACAUUCCUUUUUUAAAUUUUGACAGACACAAUAUGCAUUCUGGUACUACCUUUUGUCCUUUACUUUGAUGAGUUAUUUGUAGUUAAGAAGUUUUGCUCAAUACUAGUCAUAGAGCUGCACAGGAAGGUAGAAUAAUUGUCAGAUUCAUGAAAUAUUUUUGGUGAAUGAACAAUACCAAACUGUACAUAAAGUUUAAUUUUUUGUAAGGUAAUUUAAAUACAAUACCUUUUCCACCAAAUUUCAGAAUUAAAUUACUGAAUGUGGUGGUUAUUAAUAGAAAAUUUAUGUUUUGUUGUUGGAAUGUUGAAAUACAACUAAAAUUACACCAUUUGGUUGCCUGAUAUUGUAAUUCUUAAUACACUGUUGAAGGUAUGAAGUUUUGUGUACAUUGUGUACCACAUUUCCCCAUCCCGAAUUAAAAUGAGGUAUUAAAAUGAAACUCUUAACAUAAUUGAUAUAAGAAUUUUGAAAAUUGUUGUUUCAGAGGCACUUAUUGUGAGGAAUACGACUGUGGUGGGUUAAAAGAUAGGCACUGGAUAGGGUGUGUCGAAUAUUAUGAGGAGCAGUCUAAUUAAAAUGAGACAGUCGGCAAAAAAAAAAAAAA